AUGAAAUUUGAGACAUGUCCCAAUCAGACUGUUAACCUGCCCAAGUGCAUUGACACGUUGUCGUUGGAGUCACCGUCCUGUUCUACUCCAUCCUCAGCCUCAUCGACCCCAACCAACUUUAAAGGCAUUGUCAAUUCGAGUUUGAUCAACGGCCAAAACAUGAUGACUUUGAUGAAUCGACCGGUCGAAAAUGCUAGCGGUUACGAGGACAAUAAGGAGCCGUGUCCGGUUUGUGGGGACAAAGUUAGUGGAUAUCACUAUGGUUUGUUGACUUGUGAGAGCUGUAAAGUAAGUUUUUGUGGGGUUUUAGGGCUGAAUUAGUCUGAGCAUGGUACUAUAUAAAAUUAGCUAAAAUUUGCGGGUUUUUAAUGUUUUGUUUUAGGCUUAUCUUUUUUUAAAAACUGAUUUUAUAAGCCUUUUUUGACCAAAAUCAGGCUAUUUUUAGUGUUUUUUGGCAAAAAACUGUCAUAACUUAAUAGACCCUUUUCUAAAAUCUUAAAAUCCUUUCUAAUAUAAAAGCCCACAAUCUUAGCUACCUUUAAAACUUAAAUCAAGCUGUCUUUUUGAUCACUCCCACCUACUAUAACAUCUUCAACCCAUGAUACCCAUGCUUCCAAAUCUGAUAUACCAAGAUACGUUAUGUUGCGUAACAGCUGUUUACAUGCAUAAAUCAUCAUGUAUGGUUAUGCAAGUGACAAUAAUUGAUCUAAGCUAUUUGUUUUUGACCUUUAAUCGGGUUAAAGUUUGCCAUACUGGUUAAACUUUGUCAUACAAUGGCUUCAAGUCAAAAUUUAAGGGAUUAGUGGGGGAAAGUUGGUUGUUUAGGUAUUUGUUGGGCGUUUGUUUGGAAAAUUAUUGGUUGAAUUUGAAGUUAGGUAUCAUAGAAACGAUUUACUUAAUUUGAAAUUUAAUUUUUUUUGAUUUUUCAAAAUUUUUAGAUUUUUUUAAAUUUUAAACUUAUUGUCUUCAGGGUUUUUUCAAGCGCACCGUGCAAAACAAGAAGAAGUACCAGUGCAGUGGGGACGAGAAGUGUUUGGUCGAUAAAACGUGCCGAAAACGCUGUCCACGGUGCCGUUUCAAGAAGUGCAUCGAACGCGGCAUGAAGGUCGAAGGUAGGGGGAACUUUACGAUUCGGCGAUUAUCUUGAUCGAGAGAUUGAUUAAUUGACAAGAGUUAUCGCAUUUGCAUACAGUAGGCGAAAGGAAUUUGCAUAGAAAAGGUUUUUGAGAUGGAAAACUGAAUUAAAAAAUUUUUUUAAAUCUUAAAAAAAAAUUUUUUUACUCCGCUCAAAAAUUUUAUAAUCAACAUUUUUAUCCACCCCUAAAAUUUUCACCCUGCCCAAAAUUUUCACCCGCUCUUCAAGCUUUUUAACUUUUACUACCCUCCCCCCCCCCUCCCUCAAAAAAAAAUUUACCCCCGCCCAUAAAAAAUUCAAAAAUUUAAAUUUUUUCCCACUACCCCCACUCUUUCAAACCCACUUUUUUCUACCAGCCGACGCCGUUUUUUAUGUUUUACAACCCAUUCUUACCGUAGUGGUGUCGUUAAAGAACGUGGAUUGCCACACCAAAACGACACCCUGUUUGGUUUUUUAGGAGUGUUCCUUUUUGGGAUCCGACUUUUUUUCGAAAUUGAUGGGCCGAGUUGGAAAACCGGCUUUUCUUCCGGAAAAACGGUUGGGUAUUGUGUUGUACCUUGGGGUGUAGGCUGAGCGAGGGGAUUUUUUGAGAAGGGGGGGGUUGGGUAGGAUAAAGUAGAGUAGAUUGGAGUAGAACGAGUGUAUAGCAAUUGUAGAACUAGGGCAAGGCUAGGGUAAGUCUAAGAUUUAAAAAUUUUUUAUGAUUCACCCCGCCUACUCCACACCCUACCUUUCCUGCCCUACCCAAAGACGUCGCUACAAGUUUUUUCUAGAAGGAAGGGUGUAUCCCACCUUAUACCGUCUAAUAUAAACCUAAAAACCGUUUAAAACUUAAUUAACUCUCUCUUCUGUCGCACUGUAAAUGUCGGAACUGAUCGUAUAUUGCGCAAGACCGUCAGUUAUAUGUUGGUCCUAUCAUAAACGAUUUAUACCCGUCUUUCAUGAUCCGAUCUAACAACAUCGAGUCGUAUUUUAUAAUUGUUGUCGUAAAAACAAAAGGCUUUGUGAAUGGCAAGGUACUAUAAUAUUUUUAGCAAAAAAAGCAAAAAAAAAGUUUUUUUUAUUUUAAAAAAAGUUCAAACAAAAAAAAUGAAAAUAAAGUGAAAACUUUUAAAUUUUGAUCAUUUUUCAAAGCGAAGUAACUUUCCUUACAAAAAAAAUAAAAUUUCAAAAAAAAGUAAAAAUUUUUGAAUUGGCAAAAACUUUCUUUACUUUCUGUACAGUAAAGCAAUUUUUGAAAAAUUUUGAAACAUUAUAAAAAACGCCAAUAACUUUUUUAUGAACAAAACAAAGUUCGUAUUUUACCCUGUAUUAACGUAUUAUAAAAGUCUUGUCGUUUUUGACAAUGUAAACCGUAAUAAAAUUAAGAAAAGACUUUUAUUCUUUAUAACUUGAUCAGUGGGCUUUAUACAUGUACUGUCUAUUUUGUACUAAGUUAUCACCAUAGGCUUCAAUGUUAUCUGCGUAUUUUCCAUUUUCUUCUCCAUACAGUAACUAUAAUACUCUCUCUACCUCCUCGCAUAUUAUCUUGUAUGCUUCUUCCCCCCCUUAUUGUGUACCAAAUCCUGCACGGUCUAGUGGAUCAGCGCCUCGUAAGCCCUAAAACUCUUUUGUUUCGCCAAAAAAUCUUGAACCCAAAUUUGAAUAUAAUAAAUUAGCAUACGAUGGAAGGGAUUAGGGACGGGUCACAACAGGUCCACGGAAUAAUUAUUCGAGACAAAAGUUUGAGGGGUUUAAUUGAACAAUAGGGGCUAAAUGAGGUUACAAUAUUAGGCUUGUUGAGCGGUUUGUGUUGGGGGAGGGGGGGAGACGGGGAGGGGGGAGAGAGGGGGGGGAGAGAGGGGGGGGAGAGAGGGAGAGGCGAUAUGAGAAGAAGGGGAGGAGGUGGGGGAGCUGUAUGAGGGGAGAGGAGAAGAUAGAGAGAAAAAUGAGUAAAGUAAGCACCACAUACCCUACCCUACUCUAUCUUGCCUUACCCUACUUUUCCCAUUUCUACCUUGUCCUACUGUACUUUUCUUUACGCUAUCUUUCCUUGCCCUACCCUACCUUACCUUGCUUUACAGUUGUUAUUAUGACUGUAAUCGCGUAAAAAGACUAAAAAUACUAUAGUACAUCAAAGAAAAAUUCUUCGAAGUACAGUAUAAAAACUAAAAAUAAAAAAAAAAGUGUACCACAACUUAAGAAAAUUUUAAAAAUGAAAAAAAGUAAUUUAUAAGCAUAAAAUUCUAAAAGCUUUCUUUAAAAUACAGUACUAAAGCCCAAAUUCCUCAAAAACUACAAUAUUCAAACCAAAAACUAUUAUAUAAAAUAUACAGUAUGCAAGACAAAAAUACAGUUAGAUAAGCCAAACUAAAAAUUAAUAAACAUUAAAACCUAAAACCAUGUUCAUUUUCAGCCGUUCGAGAAGAUCGUAUGCGUGGCGGACGAAACAAAUUUGGCACGUUCUACAAACAGGACCGUGCUCAACGCCGUGCUCAAGACCCACAACGUACUCAACCCACCCACCAAAACAAUUACAACAUGUACAAUGGCGUGAUUGCUGAUCAACAUGUUUCUAGCAGGUAUGAACAUGAGAAUAUUUUUUUGACGUUGGUAGUGUUGGGAUGGGUGUAGUUUUAUUUUUUAGCAUAGGCAGUGUUAAGAGGGAUAAUUUUUAUUUUUUUUUGACAUAGGCAUGUUAGAAGGGGUUAUGUUUGCGUUUUUGGCGUUGGCUGUGUUGGGAGGGGUAAUUUUUACUUCUGAAAGUUAUCCUCCCCUAUAAAACCACAAAAACACAUGAUCUAUCCUCUCUUCAAAAUACAUCGCCUAUCCUCCCUCCCCCACCCAUCCUCAUCAAAGGCCAUUACCUAUCUUCCCCCUUCCCCCCCCUCCUCAUAAAAAUUCGUUACCUAUCCCCCCCCCCUCCCCACCCUUCUCAUCAAAAUCCAUUACCUCCGCCUUCAUCAAAAUCCAUUACCCCAUGCAUUAACACGCCGAGAUAAUCCUUGCGGUAAACCUCAAAAACCACAGGAACUUUUGUUCCACUUAAUAUCGCGAGAGAUAAUUCAGAAUCCCUAAUUAGCACGCGGGUCUUUUGUAAACUUGAAAGUACCCAAAAGUAUCGUAUACAAUUAGAAAGGGGUACAAAAGAAAUAGUUUCGGGGGUGAAGAAGAGUGUGGGGAGGAGAGAGAGAGGUAGAAAAUAGUGUUUUAAGGGGUGAGAGGGGUAGAAGGGGCUCAUUUUAUAUAGAGAGAAAGGUAGAUAAGAUCAUUUUAUAAGAUGAGUAAAGUAGAAAGAUACCUUUAAAACGUCAUAGAAGGCUACAAAGCUCAAAAUGUUACCUAAAAAGUUAAGAAAUCACCAAGAAAAAGUACCAAAAACUAACAUAAAGACCAUUAGAACCUAAUACAGAACUGAAAAGACCACGCAAUCCCAAGAGACGGUCAGACACAUAAAGAACAGGUCAAGUUCGAGAGUGUCGGCACGAGAGCGGCGCCAUUCAUCGAGAGUGGGGUGCGCGAAAAGCCCAAAACAAAGAGAGGGGAGGGGGGGGAGGGGAUCAAAAUAUGAGUACGGGGAUUGUUGGCGGAUAAACAAUAUACCGCCAUGUAAUUACCAUCAAAGAAUACUAAUACCGGAGUGAAAUUAGACCCAUCUUAUUAGAAUAAUGAGAGAUGGGCCAACUUUUGUGGGUAUGGGGAAAGCAGAAUUGUUCUAAAAAGAAAUGGCAGGAGUUAAAAAAAGGCUAUCAAAGGGGCUCAAAACUUUCUGAACAACUUCAUAAUACAGCUGCAACUCUACGUACCGUAUUUUACCAAAACCUUUUCAGCACCCCCGACUGCUACUUUGACUCGCGCCUCAAGACCACCACGUACGAUGUGCUCCAAAGCCCCACGUUGUCCUCCACCAACCAGUUCAACGACUUCCGCUACCCACACGAUAGUCUGGCCGCAAUCUUAUCCGAACAAAACCAUAUGAACAUGCGCUUCCAAACCCCAGUGACCUCGGCAAUGCUCCAGAAUUCAGUAAAAUCUGAGCCCUUCGACGGUCCUUACAUUGCGAGUGCCUCGGGCCAACUAGCACCACAAGGCAACCCGCUAGCCGCCGAACCGCCUUACCAUCUAGUCCACUCGUCCGACUAUAGCACAACUGCCGCCGCGGUUGCGGCCGCUUAUCAUCAGCCAAUGUUACCCAUGACUUCGCAUCAGUUCAUCUCCGACACUCAGAUGCCGAUCUGCGCCUUGCCUUCGGAAGCUGUCAUCAUUGAUGAAUAUUAUAAUGGAAACAGUGCCAGAAUGUUCCAAGACAUGAUUACUGCAGUAACACAACACCGUAACGCCAUGAUAACGUUGAAGAACGCCAAGGAGGCUUCUGACUCGCUAGACUUUUUAAUCAAGGCUGUUGAUGAACAUCUGAGCGAGGUCAUCAACUGGACCAACAGCAUCAGGAAGUUCAGUAGCAACUCUCACGAUGAACAGAAAUAUUUACUCGGUAAUUCGUGGCCAUUGAUUCACUUGAUCAACUUCUCGUACAAUUACGUCAAUGGCAAAGUUCCAGCCAGCUACAGGUUAAACAGUGGCGCUGAGUAAGUGUUUGCGACAUUGUUGCAGAUGAUUCUUAGAAAAUGUGCCUUUUAAGCGCUAAAUCAACAUUUUUUGGCUAAAGCAUUGGAAAAAUACAGCUAUUUUGACAGAUUUUUCAUAUAAAUCGUGAAUAACCUACCAGAACAAUCAAAUAAGUCAAUAUUAACCAUCCAAAUUGAUCAAAACAAUGAUAUUAUCCAUGUCAAUCACAUUUUCUAACUUUUUCUUUUCAGAAUCUCAGCCGCCUAUCUAGCGCUUCUUGGAUUCACUGAACAAGAACAUGAAUGGAAGGAACUUUGUGAACAGCUGAAACGACUGGAUGAGUAUGAUUAUGCUGCUCUCCUGUGUAUGGCCCUGUUUUCUCCAUCUCAACAGAAAGGUUCAAGCAGUGUGUAUUCGGAAAUUUACUGUGCUUGGAACGCUUUCAACCAUAAUCUGCCUCUCAAUGAAAUCUUCAUGCAAUUCCAGUGAGUUUUGAUCUAUUUUACCUUAUUUUAGGUUAUUUGGCUGAUUUUUAAGUUUAAAAUUAAUUUUUUGGAUAUUGUAGUAGUUGUAUUUAUAAGGUUUAGCCUUUAAAAUCUCCUCCAGUGUCUCGUCAAUCUUUUCGAAACGUUUCAAGCCUCUACACCUUCCACAAACUAAGUUAUGAACAAUUUUCCAUCAACAACCCAUGCAUUACCUAACUUUUCCCAUGUUUUCCCCCUUUUGUCCAAACUUUCUGACCCAUACUGCCCCUUUAUGACCUGUAAUGCUCUUUAUUAUACGCGUAUCCUGAAAAGCCUCUCGAACUUUGCAUGCUACCUUCUAAUUAUGCCCAGAUUGAAGCGCGCGCGACCUGUGGAUGGCCCGAACAACUCGGUGGGAUGCCGAAAGUAAAAGUUUCUCUUUGUUUCCGCUAAUUAAUAGCCUUUCCCUGGGCUUCUAAUUAAGGAUUUGGCUUUUCUAAAAGUUUCCACAAAAUCACUUCAGAUUUGGAGGUUUAGAGAGGUGUUUUAUGAGGAAAAUCAAAGUUCUGGUGAUGUUAUUCAUGCCUAAAGGUAAAAAACAAUAAAAUUAAAAGAGUUACCUUAAAGUUUUGAUGAAAUUGAUGUUUAUAAAGCUUCAUCACACCUUAUUUAUCCAUUUAACGUAUGAUUUGGUAGAAACUAACGUAAAAUUUUGAGAUUCAUCAUGUUCAAUAUUAUCUUUGACAUUUGUUCCGUUCAUUAACUUUUUAGCUGAAAAACUUAAAAAUAUGUUUAAAAACCAUUAAAAACAACAUAAAUAUAUUAAUUACCAUCUGAAAUAUCAUGUAAACCAUAGAAAUCUAGAAAUAUAUUACGUAUUUUACAAUUUUUUCUAACUUUCUUGAUUUCAGCUCGUUGGCCGGUCGCGCCCAGCACUUCUUCCUGCUUUCCGCCCAAAACAUUACCCUGCCACAGUUGUUGAGCGACAUUCUGACACUGCAACAGCCUCAGCAGACCUACUACUAUCCCACGAUGGCAUAA